UUUUCAAUAAUUAACGUAGGUGUUUUCACGAUGUAUUAGCGACGUUCGGACAAUUUCUAAGGGAUACGAAAUUUUCAAUGCCAGACAAUUAAUUCCAAGACGUAUUUUAUACUAAUAUUUCUCAAAAUGCAUGUCUCUUUUGAAUAGUUUCAUUUUCAACAAUUGCAUGACCAAUCAACAAGACUUCAUAAGGACUCCAUUCACCUGGCUUUUUUGUUGGAGUUGCAUGAUAACGAGUUCCCGUAUGGAAAUGACCGUAUGAAUUGUUCGCGAGCGGCAGUUUCAGUCACUCGAGCAGUCUGCUUGUAGAUGUAUUAGAACAUGUAUUUCAUGUUUUGAACGGUAAAUUGCAGUGAAAUUCUACUGGCUGAGGCUGGAUGAGACUCGACACCUCUGGGAGGUUCUAUAUAAGGUUUGAUUUCAGAAUGUUUGUUUGGGGUACAACAAGGAUAGUGAUCUUGGCAAGCGUCUUUGGCCUAUGUAAACCUUACAGCUGGAAAACGGUCUUAGAGCCCGAAUGUGGUGUAAGGUUCUGGCAAAACGAGAAAGAAGAUAAGCGCAUUGUAGGCGGCCGGAUCAGUUCUCCCGGGGCGUGGCCCUGGCAGGUGGCUCUGCUCCUAAACAACACUCAGAUGUGUGGAGGUUCCCUUAUUUCGCCAGAAUGGGUUGUCUCUGCAUCGCAUUGCUUUGUUGGUCCUGAUUUGUCUACUGAUCCCAAAGAUUGGACAGUAACCUUAGGAGAGCACCACCUAAAAAAUGAGGAUUGGUUUGAACAAAGUAGAAACGUGAAGUCCAUUUAUACUCACCCACAGUAUACUGGCGGCGGAAAUGAAGUCACAGACCAAGAAAUCAAAGGAAUCCCACCCGAUUAUGACGUUGCUCUGCUGCAUCUAAAAUCUCCCGCCAUUUUGGACAACUUUGUAUCCCCAAUCUGCCUCCUUCCUCCGGGCUUUACUUUCCCCGCCGGUAAGGAGUGCUAUGUUACCGGCUGGGGCCAUACACAGUGGAGAGGACCAAAGCCUGACAUUUUAAGGGAAGCCAAAGUAAAGCUCGUUCAUCAAGACCAGUGCAACGCAGAGAAAUCGUACGAAGGAGCCAUUCACAACAGGGCGCUUUGUGCUGGAUUUGAGGAGGGUGGAGUCGACGCUUGCCAGUACGACAGUGGGGGGCCGCUAGCUUGCGAACAGGAUGGGCUCUGGUAUCUAACUGGGGUGGUUUCCUGGGGCCACAACUGCGGGGACCCACACAAGUAUGGAGUGUACGCAGACAUGGAGGACAUGACUGAAUGGGUCAGAGAGACUAUAAAAGAAGCAGAAAAGAGUUACGUCUAGGAGAACAUUAAUUACACUAAUACGAAAUAUUUAUUAACUGUUAACACAGAAUAUGUUAAUUUAAAUCAAGAUACCUAACAAAGACGCUAAACACUGUUUACUAACAUUAUGUCUUCGCAUUUUAAUCAUCAGUUCAUUAAAUUGACCUCUUGAAGUAUGAUCACCAUGAAAGUUUACAAAAACAACGCUGUAAAUAAAAUCUUGGGGUCCACAUAACAUA